AAAAACGUCCCACUUGGAGCGGCAGCUAGCUAAGUGGCGAACGUUUCCUUCGACUUCGUUUUUUGUGAACAACGCGACGAGUUUGGUCCUUUGAGUCCUGGAAGUCCACGCACAGCCCGGCUGGCUAUUUCAGGUCCACCGCGUGCUCCCUAAAUAAAUGAACGGGAUUUGUUGUGCACGCGAUAAAUUAAGCUAAACUAAGCUAAGCUAAAAUAAGCUAAGGUUUCGCCACACGGAGAGCUUGUUUGCUGUCGGCGUCCUCGUCGAGGGUUUCAACGCGCGAUGGUUUUGCUGAAGAACCUCCGGCCUCCUACCGAGGGAGUUCGGCUCCAGCAGGCCGACACGGCGGCCGUCCUGGACGGACACAAGCUGGGCAACGGGACGCUCUACGUCGCCGAAACGCGUCUGUCGUGGUUUGACGGCGCGGGGUUGGGUUUCUGUCUGGAGUAUCCCACCAUCGGCCUGCACGCCAUCUCCAGAGACGUCAGCGCGUACCCCCAAGAACAUCUCUACGUCAUGGUCAACGGAAAACUCACCGACGAGAAUGAGGCAGAAAUGGCGGAGAAGGAAGCGGACGAGGAGGAUGACGGAGUGGGUAGUGAGGAGGAGGAGGAGGAGGAGGAUGGUGGUGGAGAUGAUGAAGAGGAAGGCGGCAUCACAGAGAUUCGAUUUGUGCCUGGUGACAAAGCAGCACUGGAGUCAAUGUUUGCGGCCAUGUGCGAGUGUCAGGCGCUGCAUCCCGAUCCUGAGGACGAGGACGACUCCGACGACUUUGAAGGAGAAGAGUACGACGUGGAGGAGGCCGAAAAGGAGCUCUUUCACGGCCACGCCGACAUCCCGACGUUCUACACGUGUGACGAGGGCCUGUCGGCGCUGACCCAGGAGGGCCAGGCCACGCUGGAGAGGCUGGAGGGCAUGUUGGCGCACAGCGUGGCGCAGCGCUACCACAUGGGCGGCGUACGCACCGAGCAGGGGGACGGGCGCUUUGAAGAUGGCAUGGAGGUGGACGCCGACACCGAGGCGGGACAGUUCGAGGACGCGGACGUUGACCACUGAAGGACCACAGGUGCAUCAUGGGAGCACUUCCUGUUUGUUUCAGGCACUUCCUGUUUGUAGCUGUCAAUCAUCCCAACUCGUUUGUCACUAAACUAGUUCAUUCCCAUCAAGUUACUUUUUGUAUGGAAACAAUAUAACAGUGUGGUAUACUUUCUAGUCAAUUAUCAAUAAAAGAUUAAUUUUUCUACUUUUUUUUUUUUUUUUUCAUUUUCAUCUUUUUAUUCACAAACCUGGUGCUGCAUUUAUGGUUGCUCUGAAAUCCAAAGUCUGAACAAUUUUGCUAGUAUUAUAAUUUAAAAAUCCAAAAUGACUGAUGGAUCUGCUUUGUGAUUGUAAAAAUAGCUUGUAACUUUAUCAACUGUUAGAAAUAUACCACCAAAAAAUGCUGAGGCUCAUCAUUUAUAACUAUCAACAUGUCGUAUACAUAAAUAUGGAUUGUAUACAGCUCUGGAAAAAAAAGUAUAAGACAAACAAACAAAAAAACACUGGACCCUUUUCAGUAUUUUGGCUGUUUUUCGUUUUCUGAUUAAAUGCUCUAAAUGACAAUAUUUGAAUUAGGGAAUUUGGGUGUUUUUUUUAUUUUCAGAAGUUUAUAUAAUAAAACAAAAAUAUAGAAUUUUGUCAAAUAGUAAAAUGUGAGAAUAUGAUCAUUUUGCAGUGGCCUAUUUCCCCCCCCCCAGAGCUGUAUAUUCUAUAAUAAAUGUUACUCAUUAUAUUUCUAUAUUAAAAAAAAACAACAACAAAUAAACAACAUAAGUAUAUAAUGUAAAUGUGUUGUUUCAUGUUUUUCUGUAUUUAUUCUGGCCCUCAAUAUUUUAUAUGUACUUGGGGGGGGGGGGGGUGUUCAAACCAUAUUCAUCUAGAAGAAUAAUUCAAAAGUGUGCUACGAGUACCACAGUGGUACACAGGCUCCCUCUUGCGCUAUGCGAAAAAAUCACUGAAUUAAAUACAAAAAGUAUGCAUUUAAAACCUCAAAUACAAUCAAACAUAUAAGAAUGAAGCUUGUAGCUUCAUCCUUACAGCCUGAUGAAGUAUUUUUUUUUUUUUGUUUUUUUUUUUUUUUUUUUUUUAAAUCCCGUACAGUCAUUUCUUUCACGUACACUGCAGCUGUAGUUGAAUUUGAAGCCCAUGCAUUUACAUUUAAUGAAUGUUUAAAACCUGCUUGUGCACCACGGCCGCCGUGCGGCGACAUCCGCGGACAUGCUGGCUGCCGCGGCGGGGCCUGCCGCGCCUCGACGCCGGCAAAGGACGCGUGCAGCCGGCCACUGAGGAGCGUCAGUGCCGCUGGCUCGGUCACAUGGUGCGUAAGUGAGCGAGAGCCGAUUGUCCCCCAUUUGCUCGUCCCGCGCCUCCCCCAACUCUGAAUGAUGGCCUUUGUGUGACAGUGACGCAGCGUUUCUUUCUACUCUGCUUGACUUGCUGCUUGUUAUCAUGACGUCAUCGAAAUAACCCCCAAAAUGAUAAUUUAUUGGGAAAAAAGCACCUGCGUCGCGCCCUUGGACCACUAGAGGGCCUCCAAGAGCAAUUUACAAAAAUAUGUACAGUACUUACUUCCAAGCGCAAAUGAAUAAAGAACUGCAACAAAAAGUUACAUAUUUGAAUUAAGAUAGUUUAUUAUGAUUUUAACCUAGUUUUCAAUACUCAUUAUUCCACUUUAUAGUUGUGUUUUUCGACCUAUUUGUCACCUUGUUUCAGGCACAUCUGCUCAUUUGCAACGUUGAUCCAAGUAUUUGCAAGAUAUUUCAUCCUUAAUUUAGAACUGUUUUUAUGCAUUUGAGGUUAUUUCUACGUAUGCAAGUGAUUUAUGUGUUGAUGCACUUUGUUUUCAUGUACUACAAAUUAUUUUUGCUUACAAUUUUCUUUCAAUCCAAAAAUACU